AUGGCUGAUGCUGAUAUCAAACCUGAAGUGCACAAGCUUAUACAUGAUUUGGUGUUGCACAUUCAUAAAAAUGAACCAGACAUUGAAAAAAGCAUUUUGGUUUUCCUUCCAACAUACUAUUCACUGGAGCAACAAUGGUUCCUUCUGAAACCAUUUAAUACAGCAUUCAAAGUUCAUAUUUUACAUAGCAGUAUUGACACUGAUCAAGCUCUCAAUGCUAUGAAAAUCUGCAAGUCCCGUUGUAAGGUAAACCUCUCUUUCAGGUUUUUUUUUGGGUUUUGCUGUCCUGACGGGAAGAGAGGGGAAGAGGAACAAGGCAUGGAUGCUAAUGGUUCUGCCCAAUUCCCGAAAAAUUCAGACCAAAAAUGUGAUAGAAAAAUGGAAUCAUGA